AUGGUGCACAGCGUCAAAAAGCAGUGCUCAGACGGCGCGUAUGGGCAGUUUGACGCGCCCGCGUCAUAUGGCACUGCCGCUGAGUCCGCGGAACUGCCGCCCAUCCCUGCGUCCGGGUUGAGCGAGGUGGUGAAUCUCAACGUUGGCGGCGUCUCGUACGUCACCACAUAUCGCACACUGCUGAACCACAAAGGAUCGCGUUUCGCCACGUACUUCCGUCAGCUGUUCGCGCACCUGUACCAGAACGCCCCUGCGAGCAGUUUGGGCGACGACUUCUCCUACCUCGCAAACGACCGCUCUACGCCGUAUCCUACCGUCUUCAUUGACCGCGAUGGGCGUCGUUUCAGCUACGUCUUGGACUAUCUUCGGGACGGGAGCGUGGCGCUGCCGGAUGAUCAAACGGUAUGCCGCGGGUUGCUGACCGAUGCGCAAUAUUUCCGUCUGUCGGGUUUGGAGGUCACCAUUGCGCAUACGCUUCAGUUGUCGCUCGGCGGGACACGUACGCCUUCUAUGAGUCACUCCCAGGAUCAUGCUUCGGCGGCUGUGGGCAGGGCGCCGUGCGACCGCGCAUCGCUGGUUACGCACGACGCGGCAAGGACGCUGAGCCCGUAUCACACGGCUAGCUGUUCCCAUCGGAUGUAUAGCGUUGGAAGUGCUGCCAGCACCUCUGGCAUUGCGUACACGUGUGAUGAAUCGCAAAGCGCGUUUUGUUCCCAGCAGAGCUACGACGAGGACCUCGCAAGCUCCCAGAAGAGUUUCCUGCAGGUAGGGGAGAACGACAACAUCGAAGACGCUGGGAUGUUCGUCCAGACCACCCCUCUGUCCAGGUUGGGCAAAACCGAGUUCUCAACCAACUUCGACUUCUGA